AUGUCUGUGUUGUGGUGUGAAGACGAAGCUGUGAGUGGUAUGAACGAUUUGGUUGGAAGGAAAAUGAAUGGGGUUUAUGGUGGUGGGAUAAGGUUUGGGCUUAGGCAAGUGGUUUCAUUGUCUCUUUAUAGGAUGAAAAAAAAAUUUCCUAUGCUUUCUAGAGACAAAGCUACUUCUUCGGUAAAUUUAGAAGCAUCAGAAACUCAACAUCCAAGUGAGAGUAUUAAAGUUGUUGAUUAUGAAUUGUUGGAAACAGAUCCAGGAAUUAGGCCUCCAAUUUCAAGCUAUCAUCCUGACAUCCAUAAUGAGGUAAGGAAAGCUUAUUUAAAAAUAGGUCGUCAUCAACCUCCUCAUAAUUUCGUUUACCCUUGGUCUCUUAAAGGUAAUCAAAGACGUAGAUUUGGCAAAAAUUGGCUUGAUUUGUAUGAUUGGAUUGAUUAUAGUGAAUCUAAGGACCUAGCAUUUUGCUUGCCAUGUUUUUUGUUUAAGAAUGUCUCUAAAUACGGGGGAGAUCACUUUGUGACCGAGGGGUUUAGUGAUUGGAAGAAUUCUCAAAGAUUGGCUAAUCAUGCUACUUCUUCCAAUAGUCAUGUUGAUUGUGUGCAUAUGAGUUAUGCUCUCAUGAACCCAAACCAAAGUAUUAAGGCUGCAUUUGUUAAUCAAACUAAACAAAUGAAUUCCGAAUAUCGUGUUCUUGUAAACACAUCUCUUAUAGCUACUAAGUUUCUUUUAAGGUGUGGCAUGCCAUUUAGAGGGAGUGAUGAGUCCUUUAACUCUUUAUUUAAGGGGCCAUUUCUUGAGUUGGUGGACACUUUAAAGAAAAUUAACCCAAAGAUAGCUAAUGUAAUAGAUUGUGCUCUGGGCAAUAACUUUAUGACUGCUCCUACAAUUCAAAAGGAUCUUGUUGCUGCUUGUGCAUGUGAAAUAACUCAACAAAUUGUAUGUGAUAUUGCGGAUGAUGUAUUUUGUGUUUUGAUUGAUGAAUCCGAUGAUGUUGCUGGUAAAGAACAAAUGACUGCGGUUAUUCGCUAUGUUAAUAGUGAAGGUUUCAUAAAAGAAAGGUUUCUUGAGAUUGUUAGUGUUAAAGAAACAAGUGCUAAGUCACUUACGGAGGCACUUAAGAAGUUGUUGUCUAUUAAUGGCUUGAGUUUAUCUAGCAUAAGGGGGCAAGGAUAUGAUGGAGCUAGCAAUAUGCGAGGUAAGUUUGGUGGUUUGAGAACUUUAAUUCAAAAUAAAAAUCCAUCCGCUUAUUAUGUGCAUUGUUUUGCCCAUCAACUUCAAUUGGCACUUGUUGCAUGUGCUAAGACUCAUAAAGAUGUUAGUGGUUUUUUUGGUAAGGUCAAUAUGCUUGUGUCUAUAAUUUCUUUUAUAUUUUAG